AUGCCAACCGCUCCAGUCGAUCAGAAUGGCACUGUACUCUAUUUCGAAGACAGUGGUGCGCCCUCAUCGAGCGAUGACUAUACCACCGUAAUGAUCCUGCACGGUGCUAUAUUUCAUUGUGGGACCUUCAGGCCAGUAUUUCCUUACGCUUCAAGGAACAAUCUGCGUAUCGUUCUCAUCAACUGGCGCGAUUAUCCUGAAUCGACCCCAUACUCUGAUGCUGAACUCGAGAGAAUGCGCGGACCUCUGGACGCUCAGGCCGCAGCGCUGGCCGCUCACGGAGUUGAGUUCCAGAAUUUUAUUGUAUGGUUUGUAAAGACACACCAAACGCCGCCCAUCAAGGCAAAUAAGGACGGAAGCCUUUCAGGCGGGGUUGCCUUUGCCGCAUGGUCUGCGGGAAACUUGCAGUGUAUUGCCCUGCUCGCCCACGCAGACAAGGCUUCGACGAAGACGAGAGCGCUCUUAGACAUACACCUCCGCACCUUGAUAGUGUACUCCCCUAACCACACUGCUAUCGGGGCGCCCGCCCAUCCAAAGCUCUACAGCCCCUUCCGCGACGGCACGCUCAGCCCCGCGCAGAAAGAAGCCGCUUUUCUUCCUUGGAUAUGUGCUUAUUACACGGGAGUCGACCUAGCAUCUGACGGGGCUGCGUCGGAAAAAGCCAUCCUGGCUCGCGAGAAGCUAGAUAUCAAGCCCACCCAUGAACGCAUGACGCCUGAGGAGCUUGCAGGGAUCCUGGACACCAGGGAGAAGCCCCAAACGGCCGUUCCGCUGGAGUUCUUGAAUCCCCUUGCAUUCCAGGACGUCGUGCGUCGUGGGUUGUUCGACUGCGCAAGUGCCGGCGCGCCACAGCCCGUCUGGCCGAGAGUGCGUGUGCGCGUGGUAUGGCCCGCCAUGGACGUGGACGAUGUCCUGUGGACUGCGGAGCUUCUCAGGCGACAAGCAGAAGACGCGAAGAAGUCGGCGAACAUUGGACGAGAAGUAGACGUCGUUCGAAUAGACGACAUGAAUCACUUUGGACAUUGGGACGCACCCGAAAAGUUUGUGGAGUUCCUUGCAAACGUUGUCUGA